UGCAACUCUGAUAUGGUAUCCAAAGCCUCUCGACCACUAGUCAUUCUGAUUUCAUGGCCAUUUGCUCUGCACCCCUGAUUCCCCCUCCCAACCCUUCCCUUGCUUCGUCCUUUUCCAGUAUCGUUUCCAUAAAGUUAACCACAGAUAAUUACCCUCUAUGGAAGGUACAGAUCAGCGCCUACCUGAAAGGUCAAGAUCUCUACAAGUAUGUCGAUGGGUUUUUUCCUUGCCCACCUAAGUUCCUAUCUAUUCAAACAACCACUCCAACCAUUAAUUCAAGCUUCACUUACUGGAAAAGAACGGAUCAACUUGUUCUUAGCAUUUUAUUCUCUUCCCUUUCGGACUCUGUUGUAGGACAUUUUCUUUUUGUCAUCACGUCUAGCAACUUAUGGCAUUCUCUGGCUUCCAUGUUCACUUUGUACUCACAUGCAAAGCAAUUUCAAGUGCAAUUUCAACUUGCAAAUUUAUCUCGUGGCGACAUAGCCAUCACAGAAUAUUUUGGCAAAGUUCGUGCUCUAGCAGACAUUUUAGCAAUCUCUGGUAAUCCCUUACCUGAUCAAGAUUUUGUUACCUAUCUACUUACUGGUCUUGGUUCAGCUUAUGAGUCAUUCAUAACUUCUAUCACCACACGGGCUGAACCCAUCUCUUCACAUGAAUUAUUUCAACUGCUGCUUGUACAUGAAAAUCGUAUUGCUCAUGCUGCGCGGCCUUACAAUCAAGUUGAGCUUUCAGCUCACUUUACUACCACUGGAAGCCGAGAUCAGCGUGGCAGAGGUUUCACGCGAGGAGGUCGACAUGGUCGCAAUGGAAGAGGUCGCAUAAACAAUCCCUUAAGAGGAGGUUGCAACACUCACUCUGCUUUUUUCCCUAUACCCAGUCUCAGAAUGCAACCUCCAGGCCUCACUGUCAAGUAUGCCAAAAUUAUGGGCAUGUUACAUUACAAUGCUAUCAUCGGUUUGACCACUCUUACCAGUAUGAAGCACCACCUUCCCUUUCUGCAAAUCUCACAACCUCAAACACCCACCCUGAUGUCAGCUGGUACCCAGAUUCAGGGGCAACUCACCACAUCACUACUGACUUGAAUAAUCUCAGUCUCUUUUCAAAACCCUAUCAGGGUGGUGAACAGAUCCGAGUGGGUGAUGGUUUGGCUCUCCCUAUACAGAACAUUGGACACAUUGACGGGAACGCUACUCCUCACAGGUCCUACCCGUAAUGGGCUCUAUCUUUUUCCCUCUACGUCGGCUUCAUCUUCAUCACCUUCAACUCAUAUCGGCGAGAGGACUUCCAUGGCUCAGUGGCAUCUUCGGUUGGGUCAUCCGUCCCUUACUUUAGUUUCUCGUGUUUUGCAUCACAAUCGUUUGACGUUUCUCCCCACAGACAACACCUUCCAGUGCUCAGCGUGUCGCUUGGCCAAAAGUCAUCAGCUACCCUUUCACAGUAAUCGGGCUCAGGCAACAAAGCCUUUGGACUUAUGUGCGGAUUUGUGGG